AUUUUGUCUCAUAGAUGGACGGACCACGAAGUCACAUUCGCCGACAUCAAGAGCAGGAAGUUUAGGGACAUAUCAGGCCAGAAUAAUAAGUUCUGGGGAAGCCUCCGCCAGGCUCGGGCUGAUCACUUCAAGUUCUUAUGGAUUGACACUUGUGCAUCGACAAAAGCAACCAUGUCGAGUUGUCAGAAGCUAUUGUCUCAAUGUUCCGUUGGUACCGGAAUGCCGCGAAGUGUUACGUGUACCUCUCCGAUGUUUCUGCUCCAAUAGGUAAGGAUAAGGACCAGUCUCAGUGUCCAUGGGAAUUGGAAUUUCGUAAUAGUAGAUGGUUCAACCGGGGUUGGACGCUACAAGAACUCCUUGCCCCGAGCUCAGUCGAAUUCUUCUCAAGAGAGGGUGAGUUCCUCGGCGACAAAAAGAUUCUCGAGAGGCAGAUUCACGAGAUAACCGGAAUUCCAAGGAGCGCUCUUCAGGGCUUUCCUUUGUCUGGUUUCUCUGUGAGUGAGCGAAUGCGUUGGACAGCUAAUCGUAAAACUCUGAAGAAAGAGGACAAGGCAUACUGUCUAUUGGGAAUUUUUGAUGUCUCAAUGUCUCUCAGAUAUGGCGAGGGAGAGAAAGCUUUCGAUCGACUUGAAAGCAAGGUCAAUAGAUCCUCGAAAUACAAGGAUGUGGUUACCUGGCUUGCCCCUACUCGACCGGAAGAUACCCAGGCAAGAGUCUCGGCCUUGCGACAUCCUGGUUCGGGGAUUUCGUUCACCACCGGACCAUUAUUGUCCUGGCUACAAGGCGAAUCUUAUUUAAACUCAUUGAUGUGGAUUACGGGGAAAUGGCACGCCUCAUCAUCUAGCUCGUUUGCGGUCGACAAGAUUAAGACGUUUGUUUCUGAUACCCCUGGCGUAUUACUUGCUUAUCACUACUGUGAUUUCAGCGAUCCAGACUCGCAACCGCUUGUCAACAUCGUAGGCUCACUUGCGGUACAAGUUUCUGCCUGGCAGCCUGGGAUCCUUGAAGAUCUCAAAGGAUAUUACGACGGGGGCAAGGAGACAUAUUCGGGUCCUGCAUGGGUGGACGAAGACAAGUGA